AUGUUUCGUCUCGUUUGCAUUGCUCUUGGUGUUGUGUCCGUGUUGUAUGGACACGAGGCAGCAGGUGCCAGCACAACUGGAAAAGCUGAGACGCUCAACUGCUUGGCCGAUAUGAACGAGGCCAGGACAGCCGCUGGGCUCGCCAAGUUUGGGGAGCCAUCUAGUGAAAAGCAAAAGCUGCCGCCAAGCCCCCUUCUGAAAGAAACCGUGGACCCCACAAAUUUAUGGAACCAAAUAUGCAAAAUAAUAACAGCGGAAGAAGAAAAUAGCACUGAAGCCGAAAAAUUAGAGGGAACCUUCGCGUACUAUCCCGGCAGCAAGGACUGCAAAGCGGCAGUGCAAUAUUGGAAGGACGGUUUUUCGCUCUUCAAUAACAAGCUGCCCCCAACGUACACAACUUCGAACCAGUCUGAAGUCUAUAACAACAGGGCCGUCUCCUUUGUCUCCCUCUAUAACCCUCAGACGAGCCCUGUAGCCAGCUGUGCCUUUGUCACCUGCACAAAAGGAGCCGGGUCUGUUGCUUCAGCCCUGUCAAGAAGCGACGAAAGGCGGACAUUAAGAAGGCUUCAAGGUGAAGAGGAACCUACUACUGCCAUCAUCUGCUUGACGAAUCCUAAGGCGCUGAUUACUGAUGCGGCGCCAUUCCAGGAAGAUGAAUGGCAGAAGAUUGUUCAUGCAAUAGUUGGUACUGAGGAGGGCACCGGGGCUUCCCCGGUUAGGCCGUCUCUUACACUGGGGUUUAUAAUGAUGAUUUUUGCUUACACUCUUUUUUAA